AUGUCUGCUUUACAACAAGCCCUGGGAGAGCGUUUACUGCAAGCUGCAACAGCAGUUGAAGAAAAAAUUGAUGAGGAAUUAAAUAAAUAUGAAAAAAUUAGUGAGGAUGAUUUAGAGGCGAUUCGUCAAAAGCGUUUAAAAGAACUCAGACAGCGAAUGCGGCAGAAAAAAGAAUGGUUGGAAAACGAGCAUGGAAAAUAUGAAGAAUUGCCGGAUGAGAAAUCGUUUUUUGAAGCGACCAAAAAGUCUAAUAGGAUUGUGUGCCAUUUUUACCUUUCAGGCUCAGAGCGGUGUAAAAUAGUUGAUAAACAUUUAAAGGAAUUAGCUCCGAAACAUCUUGAAACACGAUUUGUUCGUGUCAACGCGGAAAAGUUUCCUUUUAUUACACAACGAUUGGAUAUUCGAGUAAUUCCUACGAUUGCUAUAGUAAUUGACUCUAAAACUGUAGAUUACAUUCGUGGGUUUACUGAUCUCGGCGGCGUAGAUGAUUUCAAAACAGGAACAUUGGAGUGGAGACUUGGCUGGCAUGGAGCUAUUGACUAUGAUGGCCCUUCGUAUUUGUCUAAUUCCGAGGGUAAAAAAACGAGGAUCUUAAAAAAGAAUGCUAGAACGGUCAGGAGUUCUACAGCCGAUGACACUUCCGACGAUGAUUACUAA